UUGUGUGUCUUUGUUUCUCUGUCUUCUGGUCACGGCUCAGAUCCGGCUUAGAUCCAUAGCCAAUCUUUCCAUUUUAAGCCCUCUCUCUGCAUCUGGCUUCCAUCUCUCCCUCCAGUCUUUCUCGCGCGCUUUCAUUUUCUUUCAGUCUCUUUGCUUCUUCAGUGUUCUCUUCCCUUUGUUGAUGUUCAAGACUCCAAUCAUCGCCGAUCAAACCUAUGUUGAGGUUAUAGUUCGAAAUUGAAACUAAAUUGACAAGGAUCAGUGAUUCGGUGCUCGCGCCUCUGCUUCUUUCAUUUCUCAUGAACUUUGGGACAGUUACAGUUACUGAGAAAACUGAGAACGAAAUGGACUGGAAUGUGAACACCACUUAUAAAACUUACAAAGAUAUGGAAACAAAAUCCAUGAUGGAUAUGGCGCUCAUUCCAAACAUUGAUCCCAUUGAUAUUGGACUUGGUUCCUCGGAAAAGGGGAAUGUUACUCCUUCAGUCAAAACAAGAAAGAAAACUAUGACAUCUGUCUAUCUCAAGUUUUUUGAGACAGCUCCUGAUGGGAAAAGUAGGAGAUGCAAGUUUUGUGGACAGAGUUAUUCAAUUGCUACUGCUACAGGUAAUUUGGGGAGGCACCUAAGUAACAGGCAUCAAGGAUAUGAUAAGUCAGGAGAUGUUGUCCCCAGUAGCUCAGCACCACAAUCCACCCCUGUUGUAAUCAAGAAAUCUCAACCACAAGGGAAAGGACCUCAGGUUGAUUAUGAUCAUCUGAAUUGGCUGCUCAUUAAAUGGCUUAUUUUAGCUUCUCUUCCUCCUUCAACCUUGGAAGAAAAAUGGCUGGUGAACUCGUUUAAGUUUCUCAAUCCUGCAAUCCACCUUUGGCCAGGUGAGAAGUACAAAGCAGUCUUAUGUGAAGUUUUCAGGUGCAUGCAGGACGAUGUGAGGGCGUGUUUGGAACAGGUUUGUUCUAUGGUUUCAAUAACCCUUGACUUUUGGACUUCAUAUGAACAAAUUUGUUUCAUGAGUGUCACAUGCCAAUGGAUUGAUGAAAACUGGGCAUUCCAAAAGGUUCUUCUUGAUGUAUGUCGCAUAUCAUACCCUUCUGGUGGUAAUGAGAUAUACCACUGCCUGAUAAAGGUUCUCAAGAUGUAUAACAUUGAGAAUAGAGUCCUUUCUUGUACCCAUGACAACAGCCAAAGUGCUAUUCAUGCUUGCCAUACUCUAAAAGAGGCUUUGGAUGCUCAGAAAGUGGCCCCAUUCUGUUAUAUCCCUUGUGCUGCACAUACGCUGAACAUGAUUAUUGAUGAUGGAUUAAGAACAACCAAACCAGUCAUAUCCAAGAUCAGGGAGUUUGCUUUAGAAUUAAAUGCAUCUGGGGAGAUCUCAGAGGAUUUUAUUCAGUUUGCAACAGCUUAUCAAGAAGGUAGUUGGGAAUUUCCUCUUGACACUUCGGCACGCUGGAGCGGCAAUUACAUGAUGCUUGACAUUGCACGCAAGGCAGAAAAGUCAAUGGAUGCAGUUAUCAGGAAGUACAAGGAAACACUAGGCAGUAGGCUACUGCUAAACUCUGCGGAGAAAAAUGCAGUUAUGAUCAUACAAGGAUACUUAGAGCCCUUCUACAAAACCACAAACAACAUCUGCACAAAUAAGGUGCCCACAAUUGGGCUGGUUCUCUUUUUUAUGGAUCACAUUUCUGAAACAAUCACUAUCUGCAGAGAGUCCCGUCAUAGUCCAGACUGGCUAAAAAAUGCUGCUGAAGACAUGGCUAAGAAGGCCAGGAAUUAUGGCAACCAGGUUUCUAACAUAUUCACAUACAUGACAGCAAUUCUCGAUCCCAGAAUCAAAAGUGAGCUUAUCCCUGAGAGUCUCAACAAAGAAAAUCAUCUUGAGGAAGCAAGGACCCACUUCAUGAGAAAUUACUCUACCAGCCACUUCUCAAAUGUGACAGUUUAUGGUGCUCAAGAGAUUGGAGAUGGAGGGAGUGUUUCUUUUGCAGAGGAAAUUGCUCGAAAGAAGCGAAGGCCAAGCAUGAACAAUGCCACCGACGAGCUCACUCAGUAUCUAUCAGAACCUCUUGCUCCUAUACCAACAGAUGUUCUGGAGUGGUGGAAAAUCAACAGUACACGCUACCCUCGGCUCUCUGUAAUGGCUCGGGAUUUUCUGGCUGUGCAGCCUAUUUCAGUAGCACCGGAAGGACUUUUCUGUGGUAAAGGUGAUGAAAUAGAUAAGCAACGGUUAUGUAUUCCACAUGAUAGCACACAAGCCAUCCUUUGUAUUAGAUCGUGGACACAAGUUGGCUUCAAAUUGAAGUAUAAAUCAACUGAGAUAGACUACGAGAGGUUGAUGGAACUGGCGGCGGCUGCAGCAGCAGAUAAUAUUGCCACUGGUUUUGAUAAGAAACACAAAUGAUGAUAGAAAUAUGUUGCAGAAUGAGUCGAGGAAACUGUAAUUUAGUCAUUGGAAGCUUAGGGCUUUUCCUUCUCAUUGUUGUAUGUAGGAAGCAGGAGAAAAUAUUUAUUGAUGUACAGUUCAGAACUGUGAGAAUGCUAACCGGAGAGGUUUAUGACCAAGCAUAUCAGCUCUCAACUAAAUACGGGAAGGUGCUGCAAUGAAGUGGAGAUGCCAUGACUAAAAUUUCAUGGUUGGUACAUUUGGCUUGUAGAGAACUGUCCAUGGAUAGAGAGUUUCCUCCCCUUGCUUUGUUCAUCAUAUAUGCAUUUAGUGGAGCUUGAUUUUCAUCAUUGUAUUGCCAACUUUUCUCGAUGUUCUAACUUUCAAUAUACAGUAUGACUAAUAAGCUAUUGAGACAGAUGAUGGCAGGCA